CACUAGUACAGGAAAAGGCUACUGAAAAGAUGAAGCCUUUCAGAAUAAUGAAGCUAUUUCUGCUCUUUGUCCUUUGUGCCUCUGCAGUAUUGGGUAGCUCUGAUUAUGAUGACGAUGAUGGGGAAGAAACAACGAACAACAAGACUCAGAAUGAAACCGCCAGUGUAGAUGCUCGAGGACACCGUCCACUGACUAGACCCCGAGAACCAGUUCCCACCCAAAAACCACCUCCUCCUAUCAGCGGAAGUGGCUACAGGGCACGUCCAACCAAGGCACCAGUUGGUGGCCAGAAAAAGGAAAUCCUUGUUUAUCCUGAUGAAGGUGGCUGUAAGCAUGCAUUUGAAGAGCUGGGAGUCUUGUGCCCCACUGGUUGUGAGCUGCAAAAUACACUCCUGAAGCAAGAGAAGAAUGUAAAAGGAUCUAUUAAUGAUGUUCGCAACAAGAUAGAAACUCUGUCACAAUCAUCAAACAAUAUAUUUAAGUAUGCAUCAUUUCUGGAAAAAACAGUUAAAGAAAGGGAAAGACAAAAAACAGCUAACCAGGAGAUUGUAAAUGAGUACAGCACAGAAGUGGAGGAGCAAUAUGCUUUCAUCAAGGAAAAUGUGGACAACAAUAUUGCAUCCAAUAUCCGCAUUCUGCGCCAAGUGCUAGAAAAUCUGAGAUCUAAAAUCCAGAAGCUGGAAUCUACAAUUUCCACUCAGGUGGAGAACUGUCGUGCACCAUGUGUUUCUUCUUGUAACAUUCCUGUUGUGUCUGGCAAAGAGUGUGAAGAAAUCUACAGAAAGGGAGGUGAUAAAUCUGAAAUGUAUCUAAUCCAGCCAGAUGGAUUCUUCAGACCAUUCAAAGCCUAUUGCGACAUGACCACACAAGAUGGAGGGUGGACUGUUAUUCAGAACAGACAAGAUGGCAGCGUUGGCUUUGGAAGGACAUGGGAUGGUUACAAAUCUGGAUUUGGAAAUAUUGCCCUUAAUGGAGGAAAGGGUACCUGUGACAUGCCAGGCGAAUUUUGGCUUGGUAAUGACAAAAUCAGUCAGCUUUCUAACCUUGGGCCCACUGAAGCUUUAUUUGAAAUGGAAGAUUGGGAUGGCAACAAAGUGACCUCUCAUUAUACUGGCUUCCUUGUACAGAAUGAGGCAAACAAAUACCAGCUUUCUGUUACCGGCUACAAGGGCAACGCUGGCAAUGCUCUUAUGGAUGGUGCUAUACAACUUAAAGGAGAAAACAGAACCAUGACAGUACACAAUGGAAUGUUCUUCAGUACAUUUGACAGAGACAAUGAUGGCUGGUUACAUGCAGAUCCAAACAAACAGUGCUCUAAGGAAGAUGGUGGUGGCUGGUGGUACAACCGGUGCCAUGCAGCAAAUCCUAAUGGCAGAUACUAUUGGGGUGGUCAGUACAGUUGGGACAUGGCAAAACAUGGUACAGAUGAUGGUGUUGUAUGGAUGAACUGGAAGGGUUCUUGGUACUCAAUGAAGAAGAUGAGUAUGAAGAUAAGACCAUACUUUAGUUCAUAGGUAGACAUGGAAAACAGAACAGAAGCUUCCUGGUGCUUCUCACAAUAGUAAUAAAUCAAAAGAGUUGAAAGAUUUUGGCAAAACAAUGUGUUUCACCUUAAACAUAAAGUGAUUUUGUUCUUGAAUACCACUUAGUCAAAGCAACCCUGUGAAACUGGCAUAAAACAAUGAUGAUGUUUUAUCAGUCUUUCUUAUGAACUACGAAAAACUACAUGUGAUAUUGAGAAUUUAAAAGCCAGGUACGUCUGAGCUUUUACUUUUCUAAUCAAGAAUAGGUGGUCACAUGAAAUAUGUUAUUUCAGGGACAAAGCAGAUAUGUAUAACAAUAAAGUACCUUUAAUACCUUC